AGAGCGAUGGGACUACUGGGCAGUAGCUGCUCUGGUGGUUCAGCUGGUCCCUGGCGAUUGGUGUCGAUUCACACCUUGUAGUGGAAGGCUGGUUGGAAUUGUUUUUAUUUUUGGCGGUGGACCCCCCGAAUUCUUACUCCACUACGCUGUGUGCUUCAUGGGUUAAUUUGUCACUGAUACCACCGUGACUUGUAAUCAUUCGCGACUGGAGAGUUUCGUGAUUGGAGGGAGUUUUUGCAGCAGGUUUUGGUCGCCUUGGGGGCUGUAUCUUGAAAAUGGCGGUCUCAAAGCGAGGGUUCUUGUGUGUAAUAGUGGUGCUGAGUAUUUGCGGAGGAUACUGCGUUAAUGCGGGUCCUCCCGAUUCAUGGCAAGUUAUCGUUGAGAAUGCGGGUGUAUGUGCAAUGCAAGCCACUCUGAUGCGCAGCAACAGAGUGGUGUUCUUUGACAGAACCAACUUCGGUGCCUCAAAUAUCACCUAUCAGGAUGGGUACUGCCGGGAGAAUCCCAAAGACAUGCGUUCGAAACGAGAUUGCACGGCGCAUUCAGUAGCGGUGGAUUUGGCUACGAACAAAAUCACGACUCUGAAAAUCUUCACCGACACGUGGUGCUCAUCAGGAUCCCACAAAGCUGACGGCACGCUGUUGCAAACUGGGGGCUGGGCUGAUGGGGCGGACGUGACUCGGACCAUUGGCCCCGGUCCUAAGGAUGACUGGAUUGAAUAUCCCAAUGCGCCUUCCGCACUACUCACGAGUCGCUGGUACUCCUCCAACCAUAUUUUGCCGGACAAUCGUGUGAUCAUCGUCGGAGGCCGCCGCGCGUUCAGCUUCGAAUUUCAACCCAGGACUAAAGGCGAGGGCUUGUACUCCCUUCCGUUUUUGCGCGACACCCUCACCCCUGGGUCAGAACAUAAUCUCUAUCCAUUCGUCAAUCUCUGCCCUGAUGGCAACUUGUUUAUCUUCGCAAAUCAGGAUUCAAUCUUACUGGAUUACAAAGCCAACAAAGUACUACGUAAGUACCCAAGGAUCCCAGAAGGCCCUCGUAACUACCCUGCGUCAGCAGCCGCCGCGCUGCUACCUCUCACAGCUGCAGAUGGUUACGGACGCGCGGAGAUUCUGAUUUGCGGCGGUGCAAAGCCUGAAGCUUUUUCCAACACAGGGAAAGGGAUCUUCGACGAGGCAUUGUCCUCUUGUGCCCGGAUGGUGCUCACCGACGCAGCAGCGAAGUGGAGACUGGUGUACAUGCCAAUUCCGCGUAUCAUGGGUGACAUGCUAAUUCUUCCCACAGCGGAGGUGUUGAUCAUCAACGGUGCAAGGAAAGGAACUGCAGGUUGGCAAGUGGCUAGAGAACCCGUGCUUACGCCUGUGACAUACGACAUUUAUCGCGACCGUUUCUUCACCUGGCGAGCUUCCACUAUUCCCCGAUUGUACCACUCUGUAGCGCUGAUGCUGCCUGACGGCAAAGUCUUCGUCGCAGGGAGCAACACUAAUCGUGGAUAUGAAUUCAGCAAUGUCCAAUAUCCCACUGAACUCCGAAUAGAGAAGUACAGUCCAUACUAUAUCGCCAAGUCAUAUGACACUCGUCGACCGAAGAUUGUCAGCUCACCCACUGUGGUGAAGUGUGCCACCAGUUUCCGUAUCGCGUUCGAGAUCAGUCAGAAUCCUGUUGCGUUGAAGUACCAUCUAUACGCGCCGCCCUUCACCACGCACACAUACUCCAUGAACCAGAGGAUGCUUGUACUGAAAGCGAACCCGGUUGUCAGUGAUCCUGCGAAGCGAACCUCAUUCUCUGCAACUUUGUAUGCUCCUCCGAAUACCGUCAUCGCCCCGGCAGGGUACUACUUACUCACAGUGAUCAAUCAGGGGACACCCAGCCCCUCCGUUUGGGUGCGGAUUACUGCUGCGUAGUCUAAGUAGUGUACAACCCAUUCAUUUUGCAACAUUUUAAAAAAGUGUUUUUUCAAUGUGUCUAUUCGAUGCUGGUGAUGAACUCUGGAUUGAAGUCGCCAGUAUAUUUUUUGACACCUUAACGUAGCAUAGGAAUCCAAUAGCUUGUAAACGUGCUCUUAAAUUAGUUUGCGGCGAACGCCCGAGAGACAUCCAACCAGACGUAGCGCCAAGAGUAGAAGCUGACACAAGCAAUCUCUGAACGUCUUCCAAGAGCCGUCUAUAUUCGGAGACCACAUAUACAAAGCGGCUCCCAUACAUGUCGACGUCUGUUACAGUAGCGUCUGUGUGUGUGCGUCCAAGUGGCGAUGUACGCAAUCAAAUGAUAAAUACCAUUCUUUGAUCAACCUUCAUUUCUAGUCUCAAUCGAGAUGAGAGGUUGACCACAUUUUUGUACCA